UCAGAAAAAAGAAUGCUUUACUUAUGAAAAGAAAUAAUCGAGGUCUUGAAAAAGCAAACAAUAGAGCACAGUAUUUUUUUGCCGUUCAAAAAGCCUUAGGAUGCCAUACAACAAGUUUAAUGAUCCAUGAAAGACUUCUGAGCAGGAUGCAUUUGAGUUUGAGAUCCAUUGUUUCCUUUUCGUUGAAAAAAAUAUUUGGAAAUGAAAGAAAACAUGAAAAACAAUGUCUAUUUUUUUAAAAUUGGCUGGAAAGAAAGUGAAAAGAUUUUUUUUUCUUUCCUUCAAAUUCAAAUUUCAAAAUUUUCUCCAUCUUUAUUUUCCAUGAAACAACCAGACCAGAAAUUAUAUUGGGCCUGUAUGAGUAGGUAGCUGAGUCCACCGUUUGGCGGGUCUUCUGAUUUUGAUUUUUGACAUUUGAAUCGAGCAAGAGAAUAACCACAGAUUUUAGAACGUAAACUAUGGCGAACUCAGAACCGAAGACGGAUUACGCAGAAAUCUAUACAGCAUUAGAUGCCUUGGACGCCUCCUCCAUCUUUCACACCUUCUACGACGUCGUAGGGUUUGUUCUUUACAUGCACCAGCAAAUCCCCUCCACUGUGCAGGAUAUGGCCAUCGAAUUUGAAGCGAUGCAUUCGGAGUACAAGGAGCUGGAAACGGAGUUGGGAACUGAGGUGAAGCCAUCGUUUCGGAGAAAGCAUGUUAGCAAAAUGAGGGAUAUCAAGGUAGGAAUUAAGAGAUUGGAUAAGUUGAUGAAUUCACUUUUGAAUUUGCAAACCGCGUUUAAAAUCGUGAUCGACGAGGUUCCUACCAUAGACGGUGUCGUUUUGGCGCUUGGAGCUAGCCCACUUCGACCUCAGCAUAUUUAUGAGUUGAAUUUUUCCCAUUCGAUUGGUGUUUCCAAGGGUGCUAAUGAUUUUGCUAGGAGUAAAGCGGCUGAGAGUCUUUCGAGAAAGGCGAUUCGGACACUGAUAUCGAAAGGUGCUGGCUCUGUGACCUAUCCCGGCCCUAUCAGAUUGUUUGUGUUGAUAAAGGCCCCAUCUUCUUUCAAUCAGCCUUUGCAUUUUCUGCCUAAACGCGAUUUUAGGUAUAACAGAAAGGUUGUGCCUCUCGGGCUACUGUUUAAGUGCAGAAAUCAGAAUCAGGAAGUGGACGCUACUGCUUCAGAAGAUUUAAUCUGGUUUCAAUGUCGACAUGUGAUAAAAGGCCUUGCAAUGAACACAUUGCCAGAAGAAUAAAAUCCUCCACUUUACAGUAAGAUAGGAAAAACAUGUAAAUAUGUUAUAGUCACCCGUAGUUAUUUAUUUUCCGCUGUUCUUUCUCGUUUUGGUUUUCCUAAAGGGUUUUAAAAUUCUCAUCGAAAGGGGUUCCUUUCUACAACUUCAACUAGAAUGGAGCAUUAGGACUGUGAUCAUCACAAUUUAACUAGUUUUAGUAACUAAAACGUUAGCACAUCACACUUUUUUUUUUCAAUUCUAAGUUUGACACCAUUUUAGUUUUUAGAUAUUAUUUUAGGAAUUUCGACUUAUUGUGGAGUAU